AUGAUUGCAUCAGACAGAAUGAUUGUACGCGUUUCAUAUACUAGGGAGAGAUCACUAGGAGCGACUUUCGAUGAAAAUCAAAACAGGUUUACUCAGCAUCUGCAGUACGAAGAUUGGGCUGAGUUCAUGGUAGUUUGGCGGAAAGACCGAAUAGAAUUAUACGAGGAUUAUACCAUUCCGCUGAAGGAGUGGGUGACUGGGCAUAAGCACCUCGCCUUCAUUGCGCCUCUCAACACACCACGGACUAAAUUGUCAUUAUACUCCUUCACAGACCUCAGUUUCUGCAUAGCAUGUCCUCCUACCGCGGUGGAGUCUGUCUCGAAGAGCCGGUGGCAUUUUCAUCGCGCGAAAGAGGGUCUCAAUAUUUUUGUUUUCAAACAUCGAAGACGCUCUCGCGCAGUCGACUGGACAUGGCAUUUAUGGCGUCGACUCGGUGGAAGGUUUCCUCCGUUCAUUGAGAUUCGUGUGCCUCUGGUGGAUAUUCGGCUUAAAAUCGACAUUCCAGAUUCAGCCAAUGAUCAAACGAAUGCCGACCUGACCUCUUUCACCAAGGCCAAUCUUAUAGAACUCUGUGUCAAAGCUCUAGGCCGGAUACAGGACUGGAAGAUGUUGAUACAACGGCAGCUUGAGAUGGGGGCUCAACUUGAGCUUGCUUGGAGGAUGGGCACACAAUUGGAUUGGGUUUGGUGGCAGGAAGAUAUUGAGGGGAAGGAAAGAGAGUGGGCUGUUCUUGCAGGACUCGCGCUGAGCCAGGCAGGUAAAGCAGCACACCUUGAAAUCCGAAGGAGCGAACAUCUCCCAUCGCGGGUACAUCUUAAGGACGGUGUACGAUUGGAGGAGCCACCAUCAAUCGAAGGGUUCCUCGAACGAGUUAAACCUGCAACGCAAGUCCGGCAGCCUAUAUACCUCACCAUACAUGACGGGUUGCUCUUCUCCCUACCCCCUCCUAGAGCUCACCCUCCACGCCCACCGGGGAGCGUCCCCGAGCCCGCUUCUCUGGACGACGACUUUCAUACUACAAUGCGAAAUGAGGAGGCGUGGCGCGGAGCACAGCAAGUGUCCGAGGCGAGAGGUGUGACGGAUCUGCGCAGUAUCGUACUCGUUCGGCGCGCCUUUCAAAAACCAGCGCAAGAUCGUGUGCAUAUACGAAUGCGACGGUGUUUCGAGCUGGUGAUGAGUACAGGAAGAAUAGUACGGUUUGAAACUUACUCGUGCAAGACAGCGAUAGAAUGGAUCAACCGCCUUCGCACGCUGAUUCAAUACUGGAAGGCACGUCAUGAUAUGGACGCUCGUCAAGAGAUGGAUAUUCAAGCCGCACCAGAACCGGCAUCGGAUUUGAGCGCCAUCCUGCCGUCGCUGAAUCACCUAUACAACUGGUGUGUACUGGAUGGGUGUCGGGCCAUCACAAAAACGGGGCGAGUCUUCGUGCAGAAAGGGUUUCGUGGUCGGUACAAGUUAGUGCACGUCCAGCUUUUUAUCGUGGCAGGUCACCUCAUUCAAUAUCACAUGAAGACCAACUCGGUACACCACCGGAGACGAGGAAAAGGAAUCAGUUUGCUCGACGCCUAUAUCGCUUCGGGCGUGUUCGCGGCGCAAUCGUUGCCUCGAGGUCAAUAUAAACCCAACACCCCACCAAUGGCUCGGCGAUACCAAGACGGAUUAGAAAGUGCCGAUCCAGACGAAGACACGUUGUUUGUGGUGUACUAUUACCCAUUGAACGUGGAAACCGGAAUAACCGAACGGCCAGGUAAGGGGAACAGGGUCGGAAAGGAUAAGGAGGCAGUUCCUAAUUUGAGCACCAAAAGGAAGCUGAUGGUGUUCAGGACGAGAAGCAGAGUCGAGAGAGAUGUGUGGUGUUGGGCACUGAACGCGGAGAUCGAGAAAGUGGUACGGACAAAGAAAGAGAGAGAAGAGAAAUUACGACAUGCUGGAGGCUUGAUCAGGACAUGA